AUGGAAGGAUGUCCCUUCUCUCAAGCUGAAAUAAUCAAGCGCUGUUCGACCGCUGCUUUCCCAGAGGAGCACAUUGGUGGAGCGCCGUACGGCAACAGAGUUCUCCAGCUCAGUGCAACGGUUGCCGUCAAGUAUGGCGUCGGUCUCACCCAGGAUGAGGCAGCAAACCAGCAGAGGGCAUAUGAUCUUCUCGAUCGAAAGAUUGUGCGUGUCCCGAAAGUGUAUACUUUCUUCCAGGACGAUUCUGAUCGUCGAGGAUACCUGGUGAUGGAGUUUAUGGAAGGGAUAGUGAAAGAGUCCCUAUCAGACGACUCUGAGAUCCACCAGUUGUCGGCCAUCCUGGACCAUUUUGCAAGCAUAAAAUCAUCAAACCCAGGUUCACUCGGGGGCGGUCCGCUGACGGCCCUCCUCUUUGGUGAAUCCGAACCCCCGACUUUCAGAACAAUUCAGGAACUCGAAGCGUGGUUCAGUGAGAGACUUCUAGAUCCAGGUACGAGGGUAACGCUCGCGGAUUCUGACUUGGUCUUAUGCCAUCUCGACCUUUUCCUCCGAAACAUUCUCUGGGCUCAAGACCAGCCGCCAUGUGUUCUGGACUGGGCUACCGCCGGUUUCUUCCCUCGGAUCUUCGAGAGGUGCUCCCAUCUCAUUAAGCCCGAAUCAGCAAGCUGGCAGGUUGUGCUUAACGUCCAGAUUUCGCCGGACGAAGAUUACCAAUGCGGUUUGAUCAUGAAAGCGUGGAGGAACGAUCAGCGAUUCUCAUUUUCAAAAACCAAUUACUACAAAGACUUAUAUGGUGCUGGUAUCCGCGGUUCUGCACCUGUGACUCUUCCCCCACUACCGCCUUUACCGACCAAUUGGCUGAAGGAGUAUUUGAGCGAGAGUGCGCAAAAUUGA